AUGUCCUCUGCCGCAACACGAGAGGCCCAGGCUCAUGCCACUCUGCGUAACCUGCAGAACAAGAAGCCCGUCCCAGAGAUCGACUUUACCAUCCAUACCAUGGACGACGGCACAACCGCCUCCACCCUUGAACGCUACAGCAAAGAUGUCCAGGCACCUGCGGUCGCAAUCCCAACUGACGACUUGUUCUACUCGAAGGAGUUCCCUGACCGCCCCGAUAUUGCGUUUUUGAAGAACCACUUUUAUCGUGAGGGCAGGAUCUCAGAAGAGCAGGCCGUCUUCAUUCUGCAGAAGGGAACUGAGCUGUUGAAGAAGGAACCCAACUUGUUGGAGGUCGAUGCCCCGAUCACAGUGUGUGGCGACAUUCACGGACAGUACUACGAUCUGAUGAAAUUGUUCGAGGUCGGAGGUAACCCUGCAGACACCAGAUACCUGUUCUUGGGGGACUAUGUCGACAGAGGAUACUUCUCCAUUGAGUGUGUUCUUUACUUGUGGUCGCUUAAGAUCUGGUACCCUGAUACCCUGUUCUUGUUGCGUGGAAACCACGAGUGCAGACACUUGACAGAUUACUUCACCUUCAAGACCGAGUGCAAGCACAAGUACUCUGAGAGGGUGUAUGAUGCCUGCAUGGAGUCAUUCUGCACGUUGCCCUUGGCUGCCGUCAUGAACAAGCAGUUCUUGUGCAUUCACGGAGGUCUUUCGCCCGAGCUCAAUACUCUUGACGACCUUCGCCAGAUUAACCGCUUCAGGGAGCCACCAACACAUGGCCUGAUGUGCGAUCUUUUGUGGGCUGAUCCCCUGGAAGAGUUUGGACAGGAGAAGACGUCCGAGUUCUUUGUGCAUAAUCACGUCCGUGGCUGCUCGUACUUCUUCAGUUACCAUGCUGCCUGUGCCUUUUUGGAAAAGAACAACUUGCUUUCCAUUAUUCGUGCGCACGAGGCUCAGGAUGCUGGAUACCGCAUGUACCGCAAGACCAAGGCCACCGGCUUCCCAUCAGUCAUGACCAUUUUCUCUGCACCCAACUACCUGGACGUUUACAACAACAAAGCUGCUGUGCUAAAGUACGAGAACAACGUUAUGAACAUUCGUCAGUUCAAUGCUACACCCCACCCUUACUGGCUGCCUAACUUCAUGGAUGUCUUUACAUGGUCCCUCCCUUUUGUCGGUGAAAAGAUCACGGACAUGCUGUUGGCGAUUUUGAACACUUGCAGCAAGGAGGAGUUGGCGGAGGAUGAUAUGAACUUGAACCUGACCCUGACGGGUGCGAUGGAAGUUGAUUCGACGCCCGUGUCUCCUGGAAGCAGCCAGACGUCGGUUGUAUCGUCAGGAGUUGGACCUGAGGGUGCACAGGACACGGUGAUGACGGAGGUGUCGCCUGCAGAUCGCGAGGCGAGCAGGAACAGGAUCCGUCAAAAGAUUCUGGCGAUUGGGCGUAUUUCGCGUGUGUUUGCAGUUCUUCGUAACGAGUCCGAGUCGAUUUCUGAGCUCAAGAAUUUGAUGGGAACGACCAAGUUGCCGUAUGGAUCGUUGGUGUUGGGAGCUGAGGGGUUGAAGCAGGCGAUCCACUCGUUUGAGGAUGCCAAGCGGUCUGAUAUUGAGAACGAGAGGCUGCCGCCGACUAAGGAGGAGAAAACGAAGGAGGAGAAGGACAAGAUCAUGCGGGCGAUUGAUGAGGCGACACACACGCCCCAGUCUGAGCUGGAUAAGGUUGAGGCGAUGAAGACGGCUGGCACUUUGUAA